AUGGACCGAUCCAUGAAGAAGCGCUUCCGAGCGAGUGUAACGGCGAGAUUAAGCUUCGUCAUCUUCGUCUUCCUUGCCGGCGUUCUGAUCGGCCGGCUUGGGAAACCGCUCUUGGGCGAGUCCGUGCUCGCUACAGGCGACUUCCAGACCCCGAGCUGGGAGACCAAGGCCCUGAACAAGGAGGCCCAGGGGGUGGUCAAGGGCGCCCAAGAGGUGGUCAAGAGCGCCUUCUCCCGUGCCUCCCUGACCGGGACGACACGCAGCAUCAAGCCCGGCCCGGUGCGCACCGUGUGCGAGAACACCUGCCCCACCGCCCGUGACGGCGUGUGCCAGGAUGGCCGCCCCAGCCCCGGCAGCAACGCGACCUCCUUCUACGAGACCCUGCACCCCGUGGUGUGCGACCUGGGCACGGACUGCGCGGACUGCGGGCCCUGGGUGACCACCGCCACCCCAGAGGCCCUGGCCUGGGCGCCCGUGGCGCUGCUGCGCACGGCGGAGACCAAGCUGCUGGUGCGCAGGGUGGCCUCCCCCGCCGGCUACAUUUUCGGGAUCACGGAUCCAGAGCUGGACACGGAUGUGUCACGCCACGUCAACGGUACAGGGCUUUUUGAGCCUGUCCUGACCCUGCUCUGGCACCAGCUCCUAGCAAACUGUGUGCAGCAGGAUGGAAGUCGGAGGCUGGUGGUGGAUGUGGGUGCCAAUUUUGGGUACUACACCCUCAUGGCGGCUUCCCUGGGGUGCAGGGUCAAGGCCUGGGAGCCGGUACCAAUGUUCGCAGCCUUCACACAGUAUGGCUUGCUGCUGAACAACCUGACUCACCUUGUAGAGUUGAGCGACAAGAUUGUGAGCGACUCUGAUGGCGCCAGCUUGAGCAUCCAUGUUCCAAGGAAGGGCAUCUGGGGGACGGCUGCAGUCGUGCCAGGAAACUCCACUGUGAAUCUCGAGCACAGCCAUCAGCUGGUGGUCAAGACGACCGAGCGCCUGGACUCCGUGGUUCACGAGGACAUCCUCUUGAUGAAGGCCGACGUCGAGGGCUUUGAGCCCAGCGUGAUGAGGGGGGCCCGCGACCUCCUGCUCAAGCGCAGCGUGGAAAACAUCAUCAUGGAGUACUCCCCAGGAGUUGGCGACUGGCAGCGUGACUGGGACAAGUCGAUGUCCAACCCCAUCAUGCUCAAAGCGCUCAUUGAGGCAGGGUACUUUGCGUACGACCUGCCCUGGUCCAAGGUGUACACCUAUCCGGGAUUCAACGUGUCGAUGCCAGUGUUGGAGCGGGUGCUCACUUACAUGCUGGAUCUGGACAUCCAGGACAUGCAGCGCGCCAAGCUCGGCAAGCUGGGCUGCGAGCUGAAGGAGGAGCUGCCGGAGCAUGCCGCGUACCUGCCCGACUGCAACAAGGUGCCCCAGGCGCUGCACCCCCACUCCUACCACUCCUCCUUCGGCUUCAACACAAACGUGUGGCUGACGCGGAGCUCGGCCGUGAACAGCAGCGGCGUCGCCUCGGUGGCCCCCCUGACCUUCAACCCCGCCAAGGAGUACUUUUUGCCCAAUAACGUGGCCAUGGCACGCAACUGGUGCGGCUGGUACAAGCCCGAGGAGCUGCUGGCUCAGCGCUGCCCCUGUGUGGAGGGCACCCCCUGCGCCGCGGCGUCCAAGGCCGUGGAGGCGGCGGCCAGGGAGGGCAAGCUGGCGCCCUACCCGGUGCCCAGCGAGAAGUUCAAGCACGAGCGCGUGGAGGCGUGGUGA